AUGUCAUUUUCCCCCGGCAAAGAGAAAAAUUGGUCCAUGUGGUCCGGAACAUUCAGGAACAGCAUCGACGACGAAGCUCAAUUCACCGAUAAUCAUGAGAGUAACUUCUGUCGUAUCAUACCGAUCAUCUCCCAACACAUCCAUUUUGUAACCCGAGAAUACGCCGCUAGAUCUUAUCCCCUGAGUGAUAUUGAGGUCCAUUUACAUGACAUUUGGUAUGCAUGUAUCCAGGCAGGCAGGCAUAUCUGGGGUUCUACAGCAGAGCCCGAUACGCUCGUGGUCGCUCUUGCGAGUCUCAAGGUAUCGGGACCUCUUCUGCGCCCUUCGCAAAGGCUUCCUGACUCUGGCGACGCAAACGAAACCGUCACCUUCUCUGAUAACCGCGAAUUCUGGUCUGAUCUACCUCUGUUUGCCGUCAGUUUGAUUGAUGAGUUUACUCAUCGUUUCCACCAACCUGAUUACGGUGCCGGGUAUUGCUUCAAUCUGGCUACCUUUGUUGGCAGGCUUCUAUCCGUCGGCAUUUUCGAUGGCCCUGCUAUUUGUGUUCUCUCUCUGUUCCGACAAGCGUUGGAGGUCUCCCACCCACUGUCAGAAACAGACGAGGACGCAGAGCAAAUCGAGGCUUCAGCUGCUAAAAGGAUCCCAACAUUUCAAGAUCGUUUGUAUACACUGAGAGAAACGAUUCUUCUUGCAAGAACCAGUCUUGUCAUGUUGGUCAGCAACAGGGCAACGACUGAUAAAGUUGACUAUACCGACUUUCCUCAACUGUCAAGUCUUGGCGAGCUUGCUCUCAAGGCUGGUAUUGACCCUUCUUCCACCUUGGGUUAUAGCCGUGAGCGUUGGAGUUUCUGGAUCCAGCGGCUGGAGGAACUACAGAAGUCUGAGAUCGAGAGUAUCCAGAUUCAAGCGAGGUGCUGUUUGGAGCAAAUGAAAGAGCCGGCAGAAGAUACUGCGCUAUUGUUGUAG